AUGGCUGCGACUCAGUUCUACUUGAACAUAUCUCUAGAUACGGAAGAAGAUGAUGAGAUUUUGGAGAAAGCUAAAGAGCUAGACAACGCACUCCAAGAAUCUCAGGUGGAAAUCGACAGUCAAUGGACACCCUAUAUGGUGAAAAUGAUACAAGGCCACCCGACUGAUCGUCUCAUCGUUUUUCGUCCUCAAACAUCAAAUAAAGUUCUCGGGUGCAUUAGGGUGUACAAAGCUGGCACUACCACAAAAAUAUGGGAUGUAUAUGACACGAAUGGAACAUUUAUAGGCAAAGUCCCGAAAAACUGCGCCUUCGAAGCGAUGCUGGUGGAGGUGAAACUUAUCACGCAGAAGGAUAACCGGAGUUAA